AUGAAGUUACCGUUACCCUUUCUGUCAAAGCCUGUCAAGGGGACCCCAAAUCCGGAUGCCAGAUUCACGGAUGGUGAAGUUUUUGUUGGAAAUGCACUUAUAAGUAUGUAUUCGAGGUUGAGGCGGUUAAUAGAAGCUAGGAGUGUGUUUGAUGAAAUGGCGAAUGAGGAUCUGGUUUCAUGGAAUGCAAUACUAUCAGGUUACUCUCAAGAAGGAAAUCAUGAGCUUGGGGCGAUUUUUGUCUUUAUUGAGAUGGUGGGAGAAGAGAUCAUGUCUCAUUUACUAGUGCAGUUUCAGCUUGCGGACAUGAAAUGA